UUCGCCACGCGGCGUUGACCAACACCAUGCCGAAUCUGGGCUAAGUCGCGACAAAAAAGAAAACAACAAAAAAAAAUCGGAAAAACAAGAAAAAUCCAAUCGCGAGUCUGGGGCGGCCGAAAGGGAAAUCCCGCUGAAGGAGCAGCAUGACCUCCAUACUGGACAUGAAGGCCGGUCCGCCCGACUACUGGGCGGAGGUCAGCAACUUCUUCCUGCCGCUGAAGUAUCUAAUCACCAACGACCGCUUCGAUUCGAUGGUUCGGGAUAUAGACCUCUACUACCUGAUAAACGGGGUCUUCUGGAUAUUUGUGUCGCUGUCCUGCGGCUACUACGCCUUCCAGCGGCUCUUCCAGUUCUUCCUCAAGUCGUCGAACAUGAAGCACUUUCAGCGGCGGCUGUUCGCGCGCGUGAUCUGGAACAUCGCUUUCUAUGCGGCCAGCUGCCUGUUCCUGCACUUCUACAACGAGUUCAUGAUCCUGCCGCAGCUGAUGAAGAACCAGGGACGCUACUCGCUGUUCUACUCCUCGGACAACCUGAUCUUCUAUCGGUCGUACCAGGCGGAGAAGUUCCAGUUCUACUCGAUCUUCAUCAUCACGUUCUACCUGCAUGGGGCGUGGCUGGACUUCAAGGACGCCGAUUUCCUGGAGGUGGGCUCCAAGGGACUCUACCUGCUGGCUCUCAUCGCCAUCGAUGUUUACAGGUACGAGAACUACUUUGUGGGCCUGAAUCUGACGGUGGGUCUGUACAGCAUACUCACCGAGGUGCUGGCCUUGUUGGUCCUGCCCAGCACCAAUGCGCAGCGGCUGAUCUACCAGUUUUUCCUUGGCCUGCGGAUCGUGGUGUGGGCACACGUGUUUGUCAACCUGCUGCCCUUCAAGUACUUCAUACCCACGCUCUUCGCCAAGAACUUCAAGCUGCCCUUGAACGUGGCCAUUUGGUUGUGGUACGGCCUCUCGAUUUGGAACUCCCCGGUGCUGCAGUACUUCUACCAUCAGAUUUACCACACCGCACCAUCGGAUUGUUCGGGCGAAGGAUCGGCAGCAAAGUGCAUCUUGGUCAAGGAUACCAGCGAGUUCCGCCACUACAAGACGCUGAAGAAGGCCUAUUUGGAGGUGAAGCUGGCCCACAUUAGAACCACGUCCAACUCGCUGCCCUCGGAAACCACGUCGGCCUCGGCCAAAACCUUCCAGGCCAUAAAAUGCGUCAUGAUGCUGAAGCGCAAGUUGAAGCGGAUUCGCGAGGGACGUGGCCACGAGCCGGAGGAUGACAACGAUGACCUGGCCACCGAUACCUAAUAAACUUGAGCAGCCAGGACCUCGCACACUCUUACACACGUAGACACACAUUUCCUUAAACCAAAAAAGACACAAGUUCUGCUUAGGCUAUAAAUUCACAAAGUUGAAACUACCUCCCACUGGCUAUAUGCUAUAUGCUAUAUGUAGCGCUCUCUCUCACAGUCAAGUUGAGGUUUAUGUUAGUUUGCUAAGUCGUGAUUAACGUACAGUGCACAUUGGCAACCUUAAAGAUCACAAGUUUGUUCAAAAUCUUAAGAUCAAAAUCAAAAAGCUAGCUAUGUGAAAUGAUACCAUUUUUCUUGUGGCUUUGAUCUUGUUUUUUUGAUAAGCCAAAAUUAAAUUCUAAAUUGUAGAUGCUAAAAUCAAAAUAUAAAUCAAAUAAUGAGGCUCAUUAGAUAACGUACUAGGAAUAUUUAAAAUAAUUUUAGAUCUUGAUAGGUGCCAAGUGCACUCUACGAAACGUAUUAUAAUAGAAAAAUUGUAACGCUGUUUUAACUAGUUAAUUAAUUAUUUAUUUAACCUCUAGAUAAAUUUUGAAUCUUAACCAAUCACGAUUUGGCAAACACGCAUUAACCAAGCGGCUGAAACCCCUUAACAAAAUACAAUAAAAUAUCGCCCGAAUUCGGCGCCAACGGAGAUCGCUUCGGCUGAUAUACAUAUAUAGUUACUAUAUCUCCCCAACUCUCUCUCUCUCUCUCUCCCUCGCACACGCGAACGCAGAUUCUCUAUCCUUUAGAUUUGUAAGUCGCCUUCAACUUAUUGUUGUUGUUUAUUCGCUGUGACUUAAUGACAUAUUGAAAUAUUGUAAUGUGUUUUUUUUUCGUUCUUUUUAAUUGAAAUAUACUAUAUAUGGGCUAAACGAGCGCAAUUGAAA